AUGUAUAUGGCUCUUCUCCAUUCGUCACACAUGUACCACGAGGCAAAGAGUUCUUUUGCGCACCAUGGUGUGAAGCUUUCCAAUCUAGAAAUAGACCUGCCUGCCAUGAUGUCGCAGAAAGACAAGGCUGUUGCUGGUCUUACAAAGGGUAUUGAAGGCCUGUUUAAGAAGAACAAAGUUGAAUACGUGAGAGAGCUUGGCUCCCCUUCUGAGGUAGCUGUGAACUUGCUGGAUGUGAAAUCGAUACUCCCUGGAGUUCAUAUAGACGAGAAAAAGAUUGUAUCAUCUACUGCUGCUCUUGCUCUUAAAGAAAUACCAAAGAAGUUGGUGGUUGUUGGAGCUGGAUACAUAGGCUUAGAGAUGGGCUCUGUUUGGAACAGGCUAGGGUCUGAGGUUACUGUUGUGGAAUUUGCUCCUGGCGUUGUCCCAUCAAUGGAUGGAGAGAUUCGGAAGCAGUUCCAGCGUAUGUUGGAGAAGCAAAAAAUGAAGUUCAUGCUCAAGCAAAAAAGAUUCUUUGUUGUUCUUUUUGUCAGGAAACUGUGA